GUGGUGCGUGGUGUGGUGGUGGACGGACCUAUAGUUAAUAACUCCGUGGACGCUCUUGCACGCGGUGAUCGGCCAGAAUUGUUGCUGUAUACUGUUGGGAUAUACCGUUGCUGUAUACCGUUGGUAUAUACUGUUGCUGAAUACAUUUAGUACAUACUAACGCUGCCAUCCACUGCUCACCACGUGGUUAGUUAACAAGGACGGACGACAACCCAGACAACACAACUCCAUCAGAUGAUAAGCUCACGGGUUGUGUGUUUCUGUUCACUCGCUCGCUUUAUUAUACAGAUAAAGUUCAGAGUGAACAAUUAAUGAAAAUUGUGAGUCAUAUUGAGAGUAUAACGCACGGUUGAUGUAAACUCACAGAGGUGUUACCUCACCAGGCAUAGUCUGUGGCACACCUAGAGAGGUGUUACCUCACCAGGCAGCGUCUGUGACACACCUAGAGAGGUGUUACCUCACCAGGCAGCGUCUGUGACACACCUACAGAGGUGUUACCUCACCAGGCAGCAUCUGUGACACACCUACAGAGGUGUUACCCCUAUCACCCCUAUAUCGUCAUCACGUGACCGUCACUACGACAUGGAGAGCCCAAGAGCCUCAGGUCUGCGCGUCCCUGUGCGCGUUGGGCGUCCGGGGCCGACUCUCUGCACUCAGCACUCCCACGAGCUGCCCUCACCGCAGCCCUCUAAGGCCUCCAGAGUCGCCCCUCUCUCCACGCCCUCGCCUUCUGCAGGAGCCAACGGUGAACGAGUCGACGCCGAAGUGGAGAAGCUGCGUCGCUUGAGUCAAGAGCUCGCCAGGAAGGAAGAGUUCUACCUACUCAACCGUACCACCAGCCCCAAAAGUUGGUGGCCGUCACCCAGACACCUCUCGUUCAGUAAGGACAACACGUACAUUUAUAAUAACAACAACGACGUCCUCCCCAGCAACAACAACCUCCUCAACCACUUCAACGCAUUAAAGAGUGUCGACCAUCCCGUCAGUCUGCACUACAAGCGGGCCAAGUCCCCUCUGAGAGACAACGGAACCUUCCCUUGUGAGGUCCACGGCAGGAAGGCGGCACCAGAACAGACGUUCCUGGCCAACACCCUCCCUGAUCUUCCUUCUUACAAGAUGCCGUCUCAGAGACGCUUCAGCGACGAGGUCAACUUCCGUCGACCACUGGCCACACUCCACGAGGACCAGGUGGUGGCCAGACGUCGCUUCAGCGAGGAUGUCCGCAAGAAGUCUCUUGAUACCAGCGGCGUCCUCGACGAUCUCCACAAACAGCAUCGUCGACUCUCCGAGGCUGGAGUUCGGCGCCUCUCUGAUGCAUCUAUCGUGCUGACAGAGGACACUGACAGUUUCAUCAUUGGUGACAGAGUAUGGGUGGGAGGUACCAAGGGCGGUGUCAUUUCAUACAUUGGAGACACGCAGUUUGCACCAGGAGAGUGGGCUGGGGUCACCCUUGAUGAACCUAUUGGUAAAAAUGAUGGAAGUGUUGCAGGUAUACGCUACUUUCAGUGUGAGGCUAAAAAGGGAGUAUUUUCACGACUCACUCGACUCUCUCGAUCUCAUCUCACUGAUCAAGACAUAGAGAUCCUGACCUCACGAUCUUCCUCAGUUGGGGCAGAGUCUCCAAAAUCCAAUGGGACUCCUGCAACAAGUGUGGCCUCGGGCCCCACAACUACCACACGUAAGAUCACACCAUCCAGUGCUCCCACGAGCGCCAAACCUUCUGCUACUGCUGCUUCUGUUAAGUCAGUUUCUCCUGCACCUGCUUCCACACCCAAGAAAACCUCUAGCUCUGGUCCAGUUUCAUCUUCAUCUGAUCCGAAGGUUGGGGAUCGUGUGGUCAUCACCAGUGCUGUUGGUUCCCGACACGGCACCCUUCGCUUUAUAGGGAAGACAGACUUUGCCGAUGGUAUCUGGGCAGGAGUGGAAUUGGAAGAGCCUACUGGCAAAAAUGAUGGAUCAGUCGCUGGCAAAAAAUACUUUGAAUGCAAAGACAAGUAUGGACUCUUUGCUCCCAUUGCUCGUGUAGGCAAAUGUGCCGGCAGCGCAGCUUCACCCCGUCGGACUUCUGUAGUACCCCAGACUCCCCGUCCCACAAUUCGGCGCUCCAACAGUAGGGAGUCUCUGGGUGGAUCGUCUGUUGCCUCGUCCACCGCUUCAUCCGUACGGGGUACCCGGGUAAGACUUGGCGUCACAUCCCUCACACCAGGCCAGAGGCCAACUAGGAUUGCCACAUCAUCUGUUCCAAGCACCAAGGCACUGCAGGAGGCUCUAGCAGAAAAGACGCAACAUGUGGACCAGCUCAUGCGAGAACGUGAUGUGGAAAGAGCCGAGGUUGCUCGUAUGGCAGCACAGGCGGACGAAGCAACUAGGGCAGCUCAUGACAUGCGGCUACAGCUUGAUCAGCUGCAAGAGGAGUCCGAAGAACGCUUGCACGACUUUGGUGAACGGAUUCGUAAUUUGGAGAAGGAGAGAGAAGAUUUCAUUGCUAAACUUGAAGAUAAGCAGAGAGAACUCGAUGAUCUAGCAUUCAGGCUAGAGGAAGAAUCCAUCACCAAGGCAGAUUUGGAGAGUUUGGCACUGCUGGAAUCAAGUCAAAGUACAACAGAUGGAGAGAAGAUGAAAGGAAUGGAGAAGGAGCUGGAAGAGGCACGACGGAAGCUGAAAGAACGAGGAACGAUGGAAGCAAAUAAAGCAUUUGAAAUGGAAGAAUUGGAAAUAAACCUUCGAGCUAGUGUGGAAGAGCUUCAAGCAAGAAUAAUGGAAAUGGAAGGAGACAAGGAAUCUCUGGAAAAUGUGCUAUCCAAGCAGUCGGAGCAGCUCAAGGUGCUGGAGACCAAUGCAGAGGCACUAAGGAAUGACAUUAAUGAACGUGAACAAAAGAUCAAGCUAUUAGAAUCUAGUAAAGAAGAAGACCAGGCUCGUUCUAAAGAAAGAUCUUUAGAAAUUACUGAGAAAGAUACACGAAUACGAGAACUGCAGCUGGAACUUGAUAAAACGUCAAAGGAAGUGAAUACUGCAUCACACCAACUUGAAGAAAUGUCAAAUAAAUUUGCAAAUGAAAAAUCUGAAAAAGAUUCUUUACUCAAAGAAAUUCUAGGAAUUCGAGAGCAGUUGAAUUCUGGGUCGUCUGAAACCUCAACUCUUAUGGGAGAGAUCAGUAAGCUGAAGGAAGAACUGAGAGAGGCAACUCGUCAUCAUCAACAAGCUGCUGAAAAGAUAACAUUAUUAGAGUGCCAAAAAUCCAAGUUGGAAGCGGAACUUGAAAAUGCUAACUCAGUGGUAUCUAGUGUCGACGGAAAGCUCACGCAAGCUAUGUCAAGCCUUAAAUUAAAAGAGGAGCAGCUACAAAACCUCAUGGAAAGACUACAGAAAACUGAGCUGUGCCUUAAGGAAGAACAAGAGACCAGAGUCAUCGAGAAGCAGACAGCUGAAAAACAACAUUUACAAAAGGAGGAAGAACACAUUCAAAAAAUAAAGAUAUUUGAGGAAAAGACAAAAGAUCUGGAAAGCCGUAUUGCAGCUAAAGAAGCAGAGAUCAAUGAAUCUAAUCGGCAGCUGACAAAGGUGGAAUCCAAAAUUGCUGCGCUGGAAGUGGAGCGAGUACAGCUAAAGGAACAGGUGGCAGCUUAUCUCUCCUCAUCUUCGGGUUCUUCUGAACAACUUGCGACCCUGAAGAAUCAAUUGCAAGAAAAAGACAAGCAAAUUGAAAAUGUCCAAGUGUCGCUGCAAGAGAAAAUUGCUGCAUUAUCACAAGAACAGGCCGCCAGAGCAGGUGAUAACGACACGGCCAGGCAACAGUUACAGCAGGUGAAGGAAAAAUAUGAAAAGGAAUUAGAUGAAAUGAAAAAAAAUCUUCUCAACCUGGAAAAGGAAAUUGGUGCAAAGGUGGAAGAAAUUCUCAACCUUAAGAAGCAGCAUAUUGCAGAACAAGAGGAACUCGUAAAGAAAAAGGAUCUUGAACUUUAUGAGCUGCAAGAGCAGGUCAUGCUGAAGGAUGGAGAAUUAUCUGAGUUAGAGGACAAAAUAAAAUGCCUAGAGAGUCAAGUAGAUGCCAUGACGUGUGCGUCUGCCGAUAAAGUGGGAAGCAUGGAGAAGGCUCUUGGGGAUGUGCGUGUGGAGAAGGAACGACUGCUCAGAGAGAUAGAAGAGGUAUUGAAAAGUAAGGUAGAAUUAGAGCAACAACUGUCAGCCCUGGACAAAGAAAACCGUAAACUACGCACCGAGCAGGAAGAGAACCUCUUGGCGGUUACUCAAAAGGAUCAGAAGGUGGCAGCCUUGAAAGCUGAAGUGGAACAUUUGAUGACAACGUUUAAUGCUCAUCGUGAGGACGUGCAGAAACAGUUGGUGGAUGCACAGGCUGACAAGGAGGCUAUGGCCCACAUUCACAAGACCUUUGAAAAGGAACUAGUGCGGUUGAACUGCCUGCAGGAGAGUCUGUCAGCAUCAGAGGAAGAGAAAAACACCCUGCAGACACACAUAAAUCAAUUACAAGAAGAACUCUCACGAUUAAAGGGCAUUGAGGAAGAAAAUAUGAAUCUUGCAAAAGAAAAAGAUAAAUUACAAGUUGAAUUACAGAAAAUUAAAGUUCUUGAAACUGAAAACUUAUCUCUUUUGAACGAAAGAAAUAAACUCGAGGACGAUCAUAGGGAAAUGAUUGAGGACUUAAGAAAACAGAAAGAUGAGCUGCUUGAAGAGAAGUGCAAGAUGGAAGAAGAGAUCAGAAGCCUGAGGAAGUGUGAAGAGGAGAGGUCUAGACUGGGCGGAGAUGUUCAGAGACUGGAGGCAGAACUAACUAAAAUGAUGCAAAUACAAGAAAGUAACACCACAUUAACAUCACAGCUGGAAAAACUGAAAGCAGAAAAGGCAGAACUUGUGUCCAGUACAAAAGUUAAAGAGGAACAGUUGAUACUAAAAAAACAACUUGAGGAGGACAAUAUUCGAUUAAACUCAAGUAUAAAAAGUUGCACAGAAGAAAAAAAUAAGCUCAUGAUUGACAUACAGAGGCUAGAGGCUGAAACUGCCUGUAGACUGAAAGAUAUUGAGAGUGAAUAUAAUAGAGUUAAGGACACAGUGCAGGUGCUUCAGGAGGAGAAGAAGAUGAGGGAGGAAGAGAAGGAGAUACUAAAGGAGGAAAUAAAGAAACUUAGAUUAGUGGAGGAAGAGAAGAAGGAUUUAGAAUCAAAAAAUAUAGUUCUUACCCAGGGUAUGGAGGAGCUUAAACAGAGUCAAGAAUCAGAUCCCAGUAUUCUGGACUUGUUUGUGUAAGCCAGAUAGACUCAAGCCUACUGUCUCUACGCAAGUUAGUAUCACAGGCUCGGAUACGCACCUCAAGCUCGCUCACUUCAUGAACAGACCACAACAAUGAUGCCAGCAGAAAAUUCUCAAGACUAUCACAGACUGAAAUAGUUAUAUUAGGGUAUUAAUUUUUUUCUUAUUUUUUUUUCCUAACAGCACGGAAAUUGUACUUCAUUAUUUAAUCGGCUUGUACGAUAUUUAAACUGAAAGUAUGCGACAUUAAUGACAUUGUUAUUAAUGAAAGUUGAAAAGAAGAGUUGAAAAGUUGAAAGGAACAGUGCAAUAAUUUGUCAAAUUUAACAGUUGUAAGUUUAUAGAUGUGCUUACUCUUAAGUUGCUUUGAUUUAAAUAUGUCAAGGUAGAGGAAUGUCUAUGUGCUACCUGUAUGGUGAAUAUUUUCUUCAAUGAGUUUCCAAGCAAAUAUUAAAAUCAAACAUCAAAUGUUUAGGUGAAUUAGCAGUCUUUGUAAUAUAUAGUUUAUUCUAUAUCCCUGAUGAUCAAUGUCUUCCCACGAUUCUUCAAAAUUAAGGUAGAACUUGAAAUUAAAAAAAACAAAAUGCAAUUAGAGUUCAUUAGUCACAUUAUAAGAGCUUGUGUAUUUGGCUUGCGUCUGUGGACGUGAUCAUUCAGUGUGCCUUAUUGUAAUACUGUACCGUCGUAUGGUCACAUAUCCCAAGACAAGUUUUUAUGAUGCAUAGGAUUAUCUAGUCUUGAGGUAAAUGUUUGUGAGUGUGCAUGCUUGUGUGUGUGUGUACAUAUAUUGUACUCAAAUCCUCAUCUUGGUAAAUGUUUGGAGUCAUUAGCUUAAUGUUACUGUACAGAAUAGCAGGUAUAGUUUCAUAGACCAAAAGGUAUGUGUUGUUUUAUGAAUUAAGGUUUUGAAUAUACAAGCUUGUAAAUUUUGUUGAUUUUAUGGUAUUAAAACUACUGUAAUCAUUUAUUCUGAUAUCAAAUAUUUAUAUUUUUUCUUUACAUUGAAAUCCCCCUCAAAUGCAUUGCAGGGUAAAAAAAAAAUUUGAAACGUUCUCUUGUUUGAGACAAAAUGCUUGAAUACAGGUAGUAUUUAGAUAGUUAUUAGCUCUUUUAAUGAAAGUAAAUAUAAUUAUUGUGAAGACCUGCCAUGGCUUAUGAUAUGUUAUGAGUGCAUGUGUGUGUGUACAUCCCUUAUUGUGGUUGUGCAGGAUGAGCUAUGGCUCUUUCUAGUCUAGCCUCUCAACUUAAGGUUCUCUUGUAAUAUCAUUCAUCAAUUUUCUUCAGUCGUUACCAUUAUGAUCAUUAUGAUUGCAUCGUUGCAGAUGUUGUCACAGAAGAUCUUACCCCCUCAGGAAAGUCAGUCACAUAGUUCAGGAAGAGUUGGGGUCCAAGGGCUGAGCCCUGUGGGACCUCACCUUCAACUUUUCUACCCUGAUAUUUCUUCUCAUUCUUAGCCUUACUGACUUUGGCAUUGCUAUACUAGUCGUUUUGCUCUAGUGUUAACAUGCUUAAAGAUACCAAGGAAUUGUUUAAUAUUCUGUAACAGAAUAUUCCAGGCUUGAUGCCUUUUUGAUAAUUGUUUGAUCUACUUUUUGUUUGAGACUACCUUGCUCAGUGCAGUAUCUCCCCAGUUAUUACAGCUUGCUUUUCCAACCCUUUUAUGUGGUACUUUAUUAAAAGCAUUUUAACAGUCAUACCUCUGCUUCUUUUUUCAUUGUUUUAAAAUUUUAGCAUGCUAAAACUGUAGCCAUUUUUUUGUAUCUCAUAUUUCCAAGUUCUUGAAUCCAUUUCAUUACAUCACUUGACUUUAUAUUUUUCUUAAGUAACCUUCCCAACAAAAUUAAAUACCCUAUCACAUUAAACUAAUCAUGUUCUUUUAUAUAUUUGUAUUAGAUGUUGUUCAUUCACCAAUUAGUUUCACGUUAAUCGUUUUUUGGCCUUGAAUUUUCAAGUGAAAUUUUCAAGUGGCAAUUUUAAAAUUGUCAAAAUUUUCAAUUGUCAAGCCUUGAGUUCAUCACAUCAUGUGAUGACCUGUAAUUAUAGUCAAUGUUUCACUGUUUUCUAGCCAAGAAUGCCCUCAUUCCCUCCCAUUCUCCUCCUCACUUCUCUCGUGUAUAUUGCAUAAGGUACUUGAAUAAGAGGAUGCAAGGGUUGCUCGUACCUAGGGAAACCGUGCUCUAGUUCCUGUGCAUCUGUCUAUAUUGGUGAACCUCAGGUGUAGCCUGGUUCAUCGCCCUUCAUUUUAGCAAGCUCCUGUAUUGAUUGAGAAUGUUCAAGUGCAUGCGUGUGUGUAUUGUAUAUUGUUUGUGGGUGCAUGUAUAGCAUAUAUAUAUAUACUGUAUAUGUUUCUAAUUUACCUGAUUUACCUGAAAUCAUUUAACACCCAGGUAUCCAUUUACUGCAGGGUGAACAGAGGCUACUGUUAAGGAUUAACGCCCAGGCAAUCUUCCCUGGCCAGGGUACGAACCCAGGCCAACUCCCUUGCGAAGUGCCGGGCGAAUGUGUUACCAC